UGCACGUAUUUCUACAUCUAUGCGUCACUCUUCUGAAAGCGGGAAGCAUUUGGCUCCCUCCUUGAAGCCUAAAGCCAUCAAGCUGCUUCUCUUCUUCUAAACUCGCUCCCGAGUUCUCUAUUUCUCUGCCAUAUCAAGAAAAUGGGUAUAAAGGGUUUAACAAAGCUUUUAGCGGAUAAUGCUCCUAAAUCCAUGAAGGAGCAUAAAUUUGAAAGCUAUUUUGGCCGCAAAAUUGCCAUUGACGCCAGUAUGAGCAUCUACCAAUUUCUAAUUGUCGUGGGAAGAAGUGGAACUGAGAUGCUUACCAAUGAAGCUGGUGAAGUUACAAGUCAUUUGCAAGGCAUGUUUUCACGGACUAUCAGACUUCUAGAAGCCGGAAUAAAGCCAGUAUAUGUUUUUGAUGGGAAGCCCCCAGAACUGAAGAAACAAGAGCUGGCCAAACGUUUCUCGAAGAGGGCUGAUGCUGGUGAGGAUUUGUCUGAAGCCAAGGAGACUGGCACUAAGGAAGACAUUGAGAAAUUUAGUAAACGGACUGUGAAGGUGACAAAGCAACAUAAUGAAGACUGCAAAAGGCUUUUAAGACUUAUGGGAGUGCCUGUGGUUGAGGCUCCCUCGGAAGCAGAGGCACAAUGUGCUGCACUUUGCAAGUCAGGAAAGGUUUAUGCAGUAGCUUCUGAAGACAUGGAUUCGUUGACAUUUGGAGCUCCUAAAUUUCUUAGACAUUUGAUGGAUCCUAGCUCCAAGAAAAUCCCAGUCAUGGAAUUUGAAGUUGCAAAGAUUUUGGAGGAGCUAAAUCUUAGCAUGGACCAAUUCAUUGAUUUGUGCAUUCUUUCUGGGUGCGACUACUGUGAUAGUAUUCGAGGGAUUGGGGGACUGACUGCCCUGAAACUCAUACGCCAACAUGGCUCUAUAGAGAAUAUAUUGGAGAAUAUAAACAAAGAGAGGUACCAAAUACCAGAUGAUUGGCCAUAUAAGGAGGCUCGGCAACUUUUUAAAGAACCAUUAGUCUUAACUGAAGAGGAGCAACUUGAUCUUAAGUGGACUGCUCCAGAUGAAGAUGGAUUAAUUGCAUUUUUGGUAAAUGAGAAUGGCUUCAAUGCUGACAGGGUUGCCAAGGCAAUAGAAAAGAUUAAAGCAGCCAAGAACAAGUCAUCGCAAGGCCGGUUGGAAUCCUUCUUCAAGCCUGCCGUGAAUCAAUCUGCACCCAUUAAAAGGAAGGAAAUACCAGAGAAUAGUGCAAAGGAGACUAACAAAAAGGCCAAGGGUGGUGGUGGGAGGAAGAAGAAAUAGCUGACUUGGUGACAUGGAAGAGUGAAAAAAAGAACCCGUUUACCUUGUGAUCAGGACAAAUGGGAACAAUAGUGAAUUUUGCCAAGACUUGUAUAACGUCAGAAAUUUAAAAUAAACUCGGUGGUUUUAGGCCUGGGAAGGAGCAAGUGGGCCAGAAGAAAUUCCGAGGAGCUGGCCAUUCUAAAGUGGGACACCUUUUUCUUCCAUUUUAUACUACUUUCAGCUAGAGGAUCGGACUGGCUGCACCAGCGUGAAAUCUAUGCUUAGAUUUUGUGAUUAGACAUUGCAUUGCAUCUAUAAUGUAUAUCUCUGCAUAUAUUGGUUGCUGGAAUAGCAGUUCUAAGAAUGACAAGUUAAUUUUCAAUAACUACUAGUUAGGUUGAAUUAUGAUGUGAAAUUGUUAAAAUAUCCGAUGUGCUUACCAGUU